GACAGACCUGAAUCUCCGAUUUCCUAGAGGCUGACUCAACUAGAGAUCAUGGCAUUUGAUGGUACUUGGAAAGUAGAGCGGAGUGAGAACUAUGACAAGUUCAUGGAAAAAAUGGGUAUUAAUGUGGUGAAAAGGAAGCUUGCAGCUCAUGACAAUUUGAAACUGAUAAUUACUCAAGAAGGAAAUAAAUUUACAGUCAAAGAAUCAAGCACUUUUCGAAGCACUGAAACUGUUUUUGAGCUUGGUGUCACGUUUAAUUACAGCCUAGCAGAUGGAACUGAACUGAGUGGGUUUUGGAGGAUGGAGGGAAAUAAACAUGUUGGAAAAUUCAAACGGGUAGACAAUGGAAAUGAACUGAAUUCUGUCCGAGAAAUCAUAAAUGGUGAAAUGGUCCAGACUUAUGUAUAUGAAGGAGUAGAAGCCAAGAGGUUCUUCAAAAAGGAAUGAACAUUGUUCUUGGAGUACAGCCCAGAACACUAACUGAAUGGAGAAUCUAUAUUACACCAAAAUUGGUUUUCUUCCCCUAUCAAGCAUAAAGCUACUGACUGAUUAGUCCUUUUAUAAGUAUUGGCCAAUGGCUUAUGUUUCUAGUCUUGCCAAAGCAAAAGAAGUAAAAUCUAAUCAGGAUUUAACUUUUUCUACAUUUUCUAAGAUGUACAGUUAUUGGUGUUCUAAAAUAAUUUGUGACAUUUUAAAAAACAAAGGAAUAAAUAUUGUUUCCACGUUGCUUCAUAAGUAGCCACACCUUAAUUUUACAAGAAAAUAUGUGAUUUAUGCAUUGAAAAACUGUUUUUUUUUUUCUUUUCCACAUUUGGUAAAUUAAAAACAUAGGCUGCAUGAAGACUUUAACCUUCUUGCACUGGUUGUGAUUCUUCAGCAGAAAUCUUACAGGCCAGAAGGGAGGGGCAGGAUGUUUAAAAUGCUGGACAGGGAAAAAUCUCACAACCAAGAAUCUUCCACCCAGCAGGAUUACCACUCAGAAUUAAAGGAGAGAGAGAGUUUCUCAGACAAGCAUGAACUAAAGGAGUUCAUCACUACUAAACUGGCCUAACAAGAAAUGUAAGGGUCUUCUUUAAGCUGAAAAGAAAAGGCCAUAAUUAGAAAUAAGAAACUGGAUGAAAGAGAAAUAUGUCACUGGUAAAGGCAAAUAUAUAAUAAAGACAAUAUUAGCCAUUUUAAAA